UUCCCGGCGACAGUACUGCAAUGUACAUUAAUAUCCGUAUGAGGUUCUUGUUGUUUCUAUCUUAAUUCCAGACCUCGGUCUCGGCGCCGCCUAAAUUAGCGCGGAGUCAAACCACCACGAAGUUCCGAACCACCAAAUCCCCAUCCUGUCCCUUUAUUUUCUUCGCAUCCUCGAAUCUUUCACCAGACUGUGAUCUAGUCAAGCAAGGUUUCGCACAGAAGCCCGAACAACAUCAGUCAUGGCUCGUGGCAACCAGCGUGACAAAGCUCGAGAGAAGAAUCUCAAAGCACAAUCCCAAGUGAAAAAGAAGAACACGCAAACCGGAACAGAGUUUGCUCGCACUAAGGAAGACCAGGCGGCUAUCAUGCGUGAGAAGCAGGCAGCUGCUGAAGCGAAGAAGGCCGCUGCAGGCCAGGCCAAGAAAUAAUUAUUCACCAAAACCGGUGUUAAGGACGGAAGUGGAGGUUAUCCACACGACACGCUACGAGCUUUUUUAUACCACGCAUAUCCAAUUAGCGACUGAUUCAUACGGCGAAAGGAGGCUAAGUAGGACAACGCCAUUAAAUAUGCUUUAGCUUAAUAUCCUUUUGAGACCUCGAUAAAUCGAAUACUGUUUUUCUCUGCUCGGGC